UUAGCUCUUUCCAGAACGUCUUCUUCCUUUGUUUUCAAUCAAAACGACGGCGCAACGGCCUAAAACUCCGUAGGUCGUUGUGGAAUCAGUCGGUCCUCUCUCCUCCCUAUUUAUCACGUCAUGCUCUCUCUCCCUCGUUCCCUCCUCCUCUCCUCCCGCGAAUCAAACAAUUAAAGAUUUCAGAUUUGGGGUUUUGAUUUUACCUUUUAGAAUAUUUGCAGUCUCGUUCGAAGAAUUAUAAAGCAAAAAAGCGCGAUGGUUGAGGCGGCGGCAUCAUCAUCGUCCUCAAUCUUCACCAACUACCCUCUCCUCUCUGCUCUCGUAGCUUUCUCCAUUGCCCAAUUCAUCAAGGUCUUCACCUCCUGGUACAAGGAAAGAAGAUGGGAUUUCAAGCAACUUCUUGGAUCCGGCGGAAUGCCAUCGUCUCAUUCUGCGACUGUUACUGCUAUUGCUACAGCCGUUGGGUUCCAAGAAGGCAUCGGUGGAUCACUCUUUGCCAUUGUAUUGGUCUUAGCAUGUGUGGUGAUGUAUGAUGCCACCGGUGUAAGAUUACACGCUGGACGCCAAGCUGAGGUUUUGAAUCAAAUUGUGUAUGAACUCCCUGCUGAACAUCCUCUGGCUGAAAGCAGACCACUUCGAGAACUUCUCGGCCACACCCCUCUUCAGCUCCCGUUUGACAGGUUGUUGCUGGCGGUUUGCUUGGAAUUGUCACGGCAAGCAUGGGCUAUGUGAUUACUCUUACUAUCAGUCAUACAACAUGAUCCUGGAUUGGUUUACAUCCACAUAGAUAGUGAUAUUGUGGUAUCAUCUCCUAGAGCCACAUCUGAUAUACCUUUGGAUUGCGAAUUGCAGAUCCAUCUUCAUACGCGAUACUUCCCAAAGUUGAAGACAUAGGCCUUCUUAUCUAUAAUAAUUCAAUUAGUAUGUCUUCAUUUUGUAAAAACGCAACUGUUUGCAAGAUGUAAUUUGAUUAAGGGUUUUUUUUUUUU